AUGACAGCCUUUUCCCUCCCUUUUAAACCAAUAAUCCUGAAGCCGCUAGCACUUAGGAGAGAACAAGCUAAGCUAUUGUACUCGGGAGUUCGGGCUGUCGUGGCAUCUAGUGGGAUGUACAUGGAGCGUCCAGUAGUGGAAUUCCUUCGUAGAUGGCAGAAUGAGCAGGAAGUAAUGACUUUGGCCGUCCUGAACCCGAUGAAGCAGACGAAACCCGAGAUCCUGCAGGAUACAGAUCUAGCCGGUCCCCUCGCCUUCUGCCUCGCCCUCGGGGCAUUCCUCCUCCUGAACGGGAAGGUGCACUUUGGGUACAUCUAUGGGAUCGGCGUGGUGGGAUGCCUGGGGAUGUACUUCCUCCUCAACAUGAUGAGCAUGGAUGGGGUGAGCAUCGGGGUGACGGUGAGCGUUCUCGGCUAUUGCCUCCUCCCCAUGGUCGGCGUCUCCGGACUCGCCGUCAUCUUCACCCUCAAAGGAGGAAUAGGACUGGUGGCAACUUUGCUGAGCGUCUUCUGGUGUAGUUGGUCGGCGUCAAAGUUGUUCGUCACCGCUCUGGCUAUGGAUCAUCAGCAGCCUCUCGUCGCUUAUCCUUGUGCACUACUUUACGGCGUCUUCGCCCUCCUCUCCGUCUUCUGAUCUAUUUGCCACAUUUUAAGCUGUUUCCAAAUUAAAAAAGGAAUGCCUGUCUCAAAGUUAUGUGAAUACACAAGUGUAAAAUGUUCAUUGCAGCAUACA